AUGGAGACUGCUGUAGUUUUGACAACUGUAAUGAAAGGAGUUGCGGAUGCACUUCGAUUAGAUGGCGAAGGAAAUAGACCCAAGGAAGCCUAUGUCAAGUAUCUUGAAUGCAUCUUUCGCAUCGCCACAAAAUUACUACAAAAUGUCAAGUCUGAUAGUGGCCAGGUCCACAUCACAAAGGAAGUGGUACGAUUUGUUCGUCUUGGUAACCAAUGUAUGGAGCGCAUGGUUGCCAUUGUCAACCAGUUCACAUCAGGACUUUCUGCCAAUCAGCAGAAGCUGCCAGUGGGAUCUGAAUGCCAAUUUUUCCCACCUGAAUCCAAGUCUGCCCCAGCAACACCUGUCAAUCAGUCAUCUUUGGACUUAGGGACUCAGGAUAGCCGACUUAGACUUUCUUCUGCCCCGACUCCUCUUCCAGACAUUUCCAGUUCUCAUUCAAAACAAAAGACUUUGACUCCAUCACAGAUAGCCAUGAUGAAGAACCACCAGCUUAUGAUUGCUUACAAGACAAGGAUGGGUGGCCUAGGAACACGCAAGUCUGCAGCAGCUAGUUUGAGUUUGACUUUGCAAAGGAAGAUGGCUGAAAAUUUAGCAAUCGCAAAAGCUCAGGAAGCUGCUCUUGCCAAAAAGAUCCAGGAACGACAACAUAGGCUGGAAGAGCAGGCAGCAAAGAAAUUUAACAGUGUUGAUGGAAUGUCUGGAGAAGAGGAACACAAGAAAGAAAUUUAUAAGAAGGUGUUAGAAUAUGAACAUGAUACGAGUUGGUUGACUGAUUUAAGGCAGCAACUAGAAGAAAAUCCUGAUGAUGCUAAGUUGAUGCAGCAACUAAUACUUGGCAUCCUUAAGUGUACAGACCAUCCUCUUACCCAGCAGCUGAAACUUUACCAGUACAAACUGUAUGAAAAAAUCCAUCCCCUUGUUUCCAAACAUAUUGAGUAUUUGUCGGAGAUAAAGGUGCCCCUUUCUGUAAGUCUGUUCCCCGCAGGGGUGGCUGAGAUGUGGGAGGAUUCUCAAGGGUGUGAAGGCAAUUCUGACAGUGAUUCCCUUGGUAAUGAGGAGGAUGACGAGGAACAAACAGAGGUAUUUGAAAAAGAUGAACACAAUGUAACCAUGAUUGAGAAUGAAUCUGCAGAUGUGAUGGAUGGUAAGAGUACAGUUGAGGAUGUGAAAACUAGUGAUGAAGAAAAAGAAAAUUUAGCCAUGGAAAAUAUUGAAGAUGUUUCUGCCAACAUAAAAGAGGAUUUAGAAAUUGCUUUGGAAAAGGGUGAAAAGUUGACAAAGCAAUUAAAACGUGAAAACCAGCAAACAAACAAAAUCAUUAGACAAGUUUCAAAUGAAAUUGAAAAAUAUAGUCUAGAGAAUAUGGAUGAUUUGUUUGAUGAUGAUGAUGAGGAGGAGGAGAAUGACAGUGAGAUUGAAAAUGAUAAUUCAAACGAUAAAUGGGUACCUGCAAAACGGUCAAGUCAUCUGGAUGAUAACAAACAGAAUUCUGAACAAUUAGAAUCAGAUGAAAAGUAUCAUGAUUCACAGAGUUCUAAUCAAUCUGAAUCAAACAAAAAGCCAUGUGAUUCAUCAAUAUCAACCGCGGGAAGUAAAGUUUCCUCACCAGGUAGACGACAUUCGUCCAGUAACAAGCUGGUUCAUCGCCCACAUGUGGAACAUGUGCAAGCUAUGGACAAGCAACUGGCAAAAAUAAAGAAUGAAGCGUAUCAUCGUCACUUAAAGGGUAUAUCGCAGGAUGUACAGAUUUACCUAGAGAAAAUACAGACUCUUUUUACUAUGACCUAUGAACAGCUUGAUUCACCAGCAGGUCAGGACCAGUGCUAUGCAUGUUUAGAGAAACCAUUCUUCCAGCCAAUUUGGCAAUACCUGAUAGCAUUAUAUAGACUAGCAAAUGAGCCAAAAGAGAUUGCAGUGGCCUAUGUAAUGACGCGACAUCAACACAGCAGACCACAGGACUUUAAUGUUAGUAAGAAACUAUGUCUGGAUCAAGGGACAUCUGACCAGACAGACAACUACCCCUACCGGCCAGCAGUGGUGGAAUUACAGGCUAUCGCUACACAAUGUACCCUGCUGGACAAGCUGGAGUGUCUAGUACGUUCAUCACGUCUGAUCUUCCAGUGUAUCGAAGAUCACUAUAAAACCGAGGGCAAGGUCCCGUCAGUAGGAGCAGACGACCUUUUACCUAUCCUUUGUUACGUCAUCACCAAGGCCGCCCAGCCUCAGAUCGUUUCAGAGUGUCAUAUCAUGGAAGAAUUUAUUCAUGAAGGGUAUAUAAUGGGAGAAGAGGGCUACUGUUUGACAUCAUUGCAAACAGCACUGGCCUACCUCAUUUCUCUAGGAAUAGUGGACUAGUCAUAAACCUCAUCUCCCUAGGAAUAGUGGACGAAUCAUAGACCUCCUCUCCCUAGGAAUAGUGGACAAGUCAUAGACCUCCUCUCCCUAGGAAUAGUGGACAAAUCAUAGACCUCAUCUCCCUAGGAAUAGUGGACAAGUCAUAGACCUCCACUCCCUAGGAAUAGUGGAAAAGUCAUAGACCUCAUCUCCCCAGGAAUAGUGGGCAAGUCAUAGACCUCCUCUCCCUAGGAAUAGUGGACAAGUCAUAGACCUCCUCUCCCUAGGAAUAGUGGACAAGUCAUAGACCUCAUCUCCCUAGGAAUAGUGGACAAGUCAUAGACCUCCUCUCCCUAGGAAUAGUAGACAAGUCAUAGACCUCCUCUCCCUAGGAAUAGUGGACAAGACAUAGACCUCCUCUCCCUAGGAAUAGUGGACAAGUCAUAGACCUCAUCUCCCUAGGAAUAGUGGACAAGUCAUAGACCUCAUCUCCCUAGGAAUAGUGGACAAGUCAUAGACCUCAUCUCCCUAGGAAUAGUGGACAAGUCAUAGACCUCAUCUCCCUAGGAAUAGUGGACAAGUCAUAGACCUCCUCUCCCUAGGAAUAGUGGACAAGUCAUAGACCUCCUCUCCCUAGGAAUAGUGGACAAGUCAUAGACCUCCUCUCCCUAGGAAUAGUGGACAAGUCAUAGACCUCAUCUCCCUAGGAAUAGUGGACAAGUCAUAGACCUCCUCUCCCUAGGAAUAGUGGACAAGUCAUAGACCUCCUCUCCCUAGGAAU